CUGGCGCUCGGUGGUUGAGAGAAUUUUCGCUGCCCAACAUUGCCCUGUGCUCGUUCCGCGUCGUCGAAGAACGUUUCGACAGCCUCGUCGCCUGCAGAGAGAACGAGCUCGGCUCCCACUUCGAAAUGGCGAAGCGCAACCUGCUCCUCCCGCUGGUGUGCCUCCUGCUGCAGCAGGCUCACGGCUGGGAGAACACGCACCUGUUCGGCGACGUGUGCUGGUCGAACGGUUCGAGCGUGCUGUGGCUCCACCGCGGCGAGCUGCCGUCGGCCGUGGUGGGCCUGCGGUACCCGCUCGAGACAGCGCACAACUGCAGCUUCGCCGUGGCCAGCGACAGCGGCGCGCUCAUCGUGGUCGUCCGGCUGCUCGACCUGCGCCGGGAUCUCAACGGCACCUGCCUGGAUCACGUCGCGCUGGAGGAAGGACCAGGCGGCCGUCCCCUGAUCUUCGACGGUCCCCGGUGCUGGGCGAAGCAGGGAGACGAGAUGCACGCCCUGGCCCGCGGGGUCGUGCACGUGCGGCUCAGCGUGACGCCGCCGGUCGCGCGCGUCUACAGGGGACUCAACAUCGCGUUCACCACACACUUUCACGGCGAGUGCACGCAACACACGCGCUUGCCGUACAACGUGAUUGCGUGAGCGCGAAAAAAAAAAAUGAAGAAGAAAAAUAAAGAAAAAAAGGGCCAGGCCGCGCGCCCACGUCGGGCUAAGUUAUAAUGUGGCGCGUACGUUGACACGUCGGACUGAGCGAGUUCUUCUACGUCGUGGCCGACUCCGGUCGCAAUCGCUGGGCAACUUGAUUAGUUUGACCCGUUGACCGACUCAUUGGGCACCCAAUGAUUGGAAUUCUAGGAAAAAAAAAAAGGUUAGAAAAAGAGAAAUAUAAAAAGAAAUGCAUGGAAAAAAGAAAAAGGAACACAAGGCCGCUCGCAUAAGGAGCGUAAAGAACUGCGCGUGACGACACUUAGAUUUUCUGAAGCAACUUGUGCGCAAUCAUUGGCACGCAGCGAAGCUGUGGAAUCGGUUUUUUGUUCAGCGUGUUCGUUACCGCUCCCCGCUGAAGAGCGGUGCGUGUUCGCGGCAAUGCGAGGAGUAUUGCCGUGAAGCCGCAAUGCAAAAUUCGCACACGACACGGAAUCCCCCUUUUGUACCAAAUUUGUUGAAGUUUUGGUGAGGCGAGUGUGCGCGAAAAUAGGAUAGUUACCUGUCUGGCGAACACACGGAACGUUCAUGAGGCAUGUACGGGAAACCUGGAGUAGUAGAAGUGUGUGCGACGCGGUGACGAAAUACUCGUGAUGUCACACUUCUUCCCGUCAGCAGCCCAGCUCCAUUGUCGC